GAAGACGUUACCACUCUGUUCUCAACGUGCUUGAUCAGUCAAUUCUUCGUCAGUGUUUUCAUAAUAUGUAUAACGAUGUUUGAAAUGAGUUUACUGCCUGCUUUAAGUUUGCAGUUUUUGUCCAUGGUGAUAUAUCAAGCGUGUAUCCUUUUAGAAAUUUUUCUUUGGUGUUACUACGGCAACGAAGUCAUUUUGAAGAGCACAAAUCUCACGACGUCAGCUUACAUGUGUGGAUGGGUUGAAUUUUCGAAAGACUUUAAAACGGAUUUAUUGUUUUUUAUGACUCGAUCACAAUUUCCUCUAAAACUGUAUGCCGGUGGAUAUUUUACUUUAUCUCUGGAAACUCUUAUGGUGAUCUUGAAAUCAAGUUGGUCGUAUUUUGCAAUGCUUAACACGGGUACAUGCAGAGGUCUCGUAAGUUUCGGCGCGGUUGUCCCCGGUCCAUCGCAAAAAGUGCGCCUGCUUGCAUUCCAUAUUCCUGGAAAAUCUGAUUGGCUGUCUCAGAAAACUAUAAAUGCAUUAAUUCGUUUGAAUGCAAUAGUGCCGUACGAAGAGCAAGUGAUAAAUGUAGUGCUCAAGCUCAAAGUGCUGGCAAACAUGAUCGAUUCUUUCGGCGACAUUGAAAGAAUGACAGACGCAUCAUUUUUGUUUCUCACCAACAUGGUUCAAUGCCUCAAGUUGUACUGCUUCAUACACAACGCUUCACGAAUAUGGAAACUCGUUUACAGCAUGAACACAGAAGUGUUCAGACCAAGAAAUCAAGCGCAGUACGAAAUUCUGAGAAAAGAAAUCAAAAUGUCGAAAAUAAUUUUAAGUCUGUAUUUGCUGGCAUGUACUUUGACGUGCAUUUCUUGGGGCGUGUCACCACUGUUAGACAGAACAAGCGACGAUGGUAUCAGAUUGCCUUUAAGCGGAUGGUACCCUUUCAGUACUGAUACGUCUCCGGGGUUCGAAUUUGUGUACUUUUAUCAGAUUUUGUCGACUUGGAUCAACGGUCUGGGAGACAUUAGCAUGGAUACUUGUAUUUCUGGGACGAUAAUGUUUAUUUCUGCGCAGCUUAGUGUACUCAAAGAUGCUGUAGAAACGAUGAAACCCACAAGUAGUAGUGACCAUCCGACGAUUAAAGAGGCGUUGGUUCGAAAUGUCACUCACUUCAAAACGAUAGUUCAAUUUGCCGAAGAAGCGACCUUUCUAUUUACUGCAAGUAUCACAGGUCAGUUUGUGGUUGGAGUAGUCAUAGUGUGCAUGUCGAUGUUCCAAAUGAGUCUCGUCUCUGUGUCAAGUUUCCAAUUUUUUGGUAUGUUUAUCUACCAAAGUUGCGUCCUCUUGGAGAUAUACUUGUGGUGUUUCUACGGAAAUGAAGUAAUUAUGAAGAGCGACCAACUCACUCAGUCUGCGUAUAUGUGUGAAUGGACUGACGCUUCGAAGGAAUUCAAACAGAAUUUGAUCAUUUUUAUGACUCGGACACAAUUUCCUCUUAAAUUGUACGCUUCGGGUUAUUUUACUCUAUCUCUGGAAACUUUUAAGGCGGUUGCAAAAUCUUCUUGGUCCUACUUUGCUGUACUCAAUCAAGUUCACGAAGACAAAGUGGCUUAA